AUGUCAGCUCGCCUUUCAGUUUCUCGCCUUUUGCCAUACGGCCACAAUUUGAAGGUCCUCACGCAGUCCUCGUCGUUUGACAUGGUUUACUCCAACGACGACAACGAAUGGACUGUAACCAUUCCCAAUUACACAAAAAAUAGCCCAUAUUACUAUAGUGAGUUUUCGGGGUCUGUUUUACUCCGCAAAGAAACUUUCCCACAUCUUUUUCCAUCAUUUUCAACUCCAGACGUCGCAGUCGAAUUGCGCGACCAAUGGAAUGACAUAUUUGAACCGUUUUCCCCAAAGUUUUUCCACGACUUUGUGUACUCACGUCCAGUAGAAGAACGAUUCUCAUUGGACAAACUAACUCCUCCAUUUGUAUAUGUUGUUUUGCGAGUGAAAUGGGAAAGUAUUCCUUCUGGGUACAACGUCUAUGCCACUGGCGGUCACGCGCUAUUUGGCAAGUGGGACACAAACAAAGCUGUUCUGCUCAAAAGCGCUGGGAACUCUUGGUGGGAAUGUCAAAUUCCGAUCACCGAAAUUCGCUGUCCUUUUGAGUACAAAUUUUUCAUGAAAAAUUCGAAGAAGGGUCAGGUCUAUUGGGAAAAUGGUGGAAAUAGACUGUUUGCGCCCCUUGUAGGUGGUUUGAUCGGUUCACAGAAAGCCGUCGUGUAUCAAGAAGAUAAAGUGAUCUUCCCUGGAUGCUACAAGUCUGCUGGUGUCAAAAUUAGCGUUUCUGGAAUUCGAAGUAACUCUCUUGGUUGUGGGGAUCUUCUUGACAUUCAAAAAGUGGUUGACUUCUGCGUGAAAAGUGGUCUGAGUGUAGUCGAGUUGUUGAGCAUAAACGAUUACGAAAAGAACCCUUCGACUCCAAUGAGUCUCAACGCAAUUGAUCCGAUGCUGAUCAACGUCUCUUCUCUCGACAACUCAGAGGAUAUCAAAGAAUUAAUCCUUGCUGGAAAAAUUGAAAUUGGAGACUUCAAUUGGGUUGAUCGCGAGAAGGUCAUCAAGGUUAAAGAACGUGUAUUGCGAGCCGUAUUUGAUAAGCACCAAAACGACUACACCACGGUUACUAAGAUACUCUUUAGUGAUGAGAUUGGAACCACCGACGUCGAGAAGUUUGUUUCGGAAAAUCGGUCGUGGCUUCUUCCAUACAUCGUGUUCAAAACGGUUGGAAUGGAGUGUGCUCCAACACUCGAGAAUCUUAAAAAGGUCGUUUUGAAUCAGACACAUGAGUGUGUGUAUAAUGUCUUCCUGCAAUUCACUGCUUUUUCACAGCUGAAAUGUUCUUCUCAUUACGCCAAAACCAAUCACGUUGGGUUGAUGUGCAAUCUCGCGUUCUCAGUUGAUCACUUUUCCGUUGACACGUGGAUCCACGCAAACCUUUUCAAGGUUGACCGUUCCAUCAAAGAUCCCAAAACCAAUGAAUACUUCGGCGUUCCGUACAAUUGGAGUGAGAUGGAAAGAGAUGGGUUCACUCUGCUCAAAACCCGAAUGGAAUUAUACAAAACUAUAUUUCCGAUUAUAAAACUAGAGAAUACUAUUUUGUAUUUCAGAGCUUGGGAAAUGAUAGAUAAUAAAAACACGGGCUUUUUCGACCCACAAAACGGGUAUACCCGGCAAGAGUUGUCCUAUAAAGGCAUCAAUGACGUGGACAGAUUGAUAUACCCAUAUAUACGAGAUCACACAUUAGAAUUGUUAUUUGGGGAGGACAAAGAUUUUGUGAUAGAAAAUUAUUUAGUCGAUAAUAAGAAUGGGACGUUUAAUUUGGCGCCAAAUUACAGAUCCGAGGAAGAUAUCUCUAAUAAAACGGGACUUCGGGAAAGUCGGGCGAGUGAUAAAAAGAUCAUUUUGGGAUUGAAAAAGUUAGUGAAAAAUGUGUGCAUGUACUCAUUGAAUGACAAAUACGUCCCAACGCCUUUUAUGUUAGAAACGCUUUCUUCGUUUUUGGAACUUGAUGACAACACGAAAGAAGAUUUACGAAAGAUUUACGUCGACUUUUUCGAACGCCGAAAUGUCACGUUAUGGAAACAACAAGGCAAAAAAGUGUUAAACGAACUGUGUGAUGACAAAGCAGUAGUUGUCGGUGAUGCGCCAAAUGACUUUUGGCAAGAAAUGAAAGAUCUAAAAAUGUUUUGCUUUGACUCGAAUGAGUAUAAUUCGAUAUUUGAGAUCCCAAGUAAAUUCACGAUCCGAUCGUAUUAUGAGUGUUAUAGAAAUGAUAUCUGUGAGAGUAUGGGAUGGACUGAUAUGAAGCAAUUUUGUGAGAGUGGAAUGGCUGAGCAAAUCAUCGAACGCAAAAUGGAAGGAAGUCAGAUGUUUGUAGUCUUUAAUUUGCAAGACUAUGAAGCACUUAAAGAAGAUUAUAUUAGAAAUAAAAAUCCAUAUUUAGAAUCAUGGGUCAUCGAUGAUACUUUUAAAUAUAUUAACCAUAUCAAAGUCGAUGAUUUAAAUAACGACUAUGAGCUCAUUCAGAAAAUACAAAGUAUAGUUUCAAAAACAGGAAGAAUUAUGAAUUAA